AUGGGGCACGAGUCAAAAUUUAUCAAGAAAAUUGUUAAAGUGAUUGAAGACAAAAUAAGUCGCACACCCUUAAAUGUUGCCCCGUACCUAAUUGGAAUCCAUUCUCGAGUUGAGGACAUUAAUUUGUGGUUGCAAGAUAAAUCAACUGAUGGUCGCAUACUUGUUAUUUGCGGAAUGCGUGGUAUAGGGAAGACGACUAUUGCAAAAUUUGUGUAUAACUCCAAUUUCAAAAGAUUUGAAGGAUGCUCUUUUCUUGAAAAUAUUAGAGAAGUUUCUGGGCAACCAAAUGGGUUGGUUCAAUUACAAAAGCAACUUAUCUCUGAUGUUUUGAAUGGGAGAAAAGUGAAGGUCCAUAGUAUUAGUGAGGGAAUAAUAAAAGUUGAAGAUGCCAUAAGCUCUAAAAAAGUUCUUCUUGUUCUUGAUGAUGUGGAUCAUAAAGACCAAUUGGAGGCAAUAGUUAGCAUGCAGGAUCGACUUUGUCAAGGAAGUAAAAUCAUUAUAACAACUAGUCGUAUAGGGUUGUUUAAAGAUCACCAAAAAUUUGAGGUGCAUAAUGUUGAAGGUUUGGAUUACAGUGAAUCACUAGAGCUCUUCAGUUGGCAUGCUUUUGGACAGGACCAUCCUAUUGAAGGCUAUAUGGAACUUUCAGCAAGAGUAGUACAUCAUAGUGCAGGACUUCCAUUAGCUCUUAAAGUUUUGGGUUCUUCUCUAUCAGGAACAAUUGUCGAUGUGUGGAAAGAUGCACUAAAUAAAUUGGAAUCUAUCCCCGAUGAUGAAAUCCUGAAGAAACUUAAAAUUAGCUUCGACUCAUUACAGGAUGACCAUGAUCGAAAUUUAUUUCUUCAUAUUGCAUCUUUCUUUACUGGGAUGGACAUAUAUGUCAUUGUUCAAAUACUAGAAAGUUGCAAUUUCUACCCUACUAUCGGCAUUCAGAAUCUCAUCGAUAGAUGCUUGGUAACAAUUGAUGGAUAUAACAAGGUGCAGAUGCAUCACAUGAUUCGUGACAUGGGAAGAGGAAUUGUCCUCCUAGAAUCUGAGGAGCCGCAGAAACGUAGUAGAUUAUGGAAUCAUAAGGAUUCUUUGGAAGUAUUGACAAAAAAGAAUGGUACUGAAAGGAUUGAAGGUCUUAUCCUGAACAUGAGAAGAUAUACUGCAUACACGCCACAAAUUUCGAAUGAAGUAGUUUUCGAGACCAAUGCGUUUGCAAGCAUGCAUAAAUUAAGACUACUCCAACUUACAAAUGUUAAAUUCCGAGGAUAUUAUAAAGGAUUUCUCACAGAACUAAGAUGGCUGUGUUGGAAUGAAUAUCCUUUCUGCUCUUUACCCAAUGAUUUUCCUUUGGAGAGGCUGGUGGUUCUUGAAAUGUGCUAUAGCGGCUUGAGAAAAGUAUGGAAGGGAGCAAAGUCUCUUCCAUCAUUGAAGAUGUUAAAUCUCAGCCAUUCCCAUAGCCUUACAGAAACUCCCGACUUCUCGCGUGUUCCAAAUCUAGAGAGGUUGAUUCUUAAGGAUUGUACGAGCAUGGUUGAUGUCCAUAAAUCCAUUGGAAAUCUAGAAAGACUAGUUUAUUUGGAUGUGGAAGGUUGCAAAAAUAUUAGGAGGCUUCCUAUGCUAAAAUUCCUUGAAACACUUAUUUUAUCUGGUUGCUCAAAUCUUAAUGAGUUUCCAAUGGAGAUGGUAAACAUAAAUUGCCUUAAAGUUCUCCAAGCAGAUGGAGUUCCAAUACGACAAUUACCGCCAAGUAAAAACCCAGAAAUAUGUCGGUCUUCUUGCGUACCGUGCAAUUUAGUCGAGUUAAGUCUCACUGGCUGCAAUCUUUCUGAUGAUGAUUUUCCUUGGGAUUUCGGGAACCUAUCCUCACUGCGAAGUGUACGAGUCUCAAAUCACUUGAAGGGCUACCAACUGUGA